GUUUCACACAUGCGGCUAAGGAAAGCUAGUCACUUUGCGACAAUGCCGGAUAAAGUGCUAUUUUUGUAUCAAACAUGGCGGCCUCCGCUGUGACAGCGAGUGGUUCUACACUACUCAGUCGUUUGUUUGGACAGAUUCAUUCGAGGUUUCUCACGCCGUUCUCCCAGACGUCCUGUCUUCACACCAGCGCAGCACUAAACACUAAGAACUGGGAGAGGAAAAAUCGCGUAGUAUAUCCACCCCAGGAGAAGGAUGAGACCCGCAGACCGGCGGAGAUCCAUCACUGCAGACGUCAAAUAAAGUACAGCAAAGAUAAGAUGUGGUACCUGGCGAAGUUGAUCAGAGGCAUGAGCAUCGACCAGGCGCUGGCUCAACUCGAGUUUAAUGAUAAGAAAGGAGCCAAAAUUAUGAAGGAGGUCCUUCUGGAAGCUCAGGAAAUGGCCGUGAGGAACCACAACGUCGAAUAUAAAUCCAAUUUGUAUGUGGCCGAGUCCUUCACAGGUAAAGGCCAGUACCUCAAACGCAUCCGCUACCACGGCAGAGGCAUGUUCGGCAUCAUGGAUAAAGUCUACUGCCAUUACUUUGUGAAGCUGGUGGAAGGCUCACCUCCUGUGGUGGAGCAGACUACGCCGUUUGAUCAGGCCAAGGAGUACGUAGAAGAGCUGAAGAACCGGACCGUCAUCUGCUCUCUCUAACUGAGAAAACUUCUCUUUCUGUAAAUAGUACCAGAAAUAAAUCAUGAAAAAAUU